GGUCGUCCCCUGGUGGGCGGAGAAACCAGGGCUGCUACAUAUACAGACCGAGCCGGCCGGUCUGAAACAAGAUUAGCAGAGGCAACAGGAUUAUCGACUGAAAGAGGGGGAGAAAACCCGGACGGACUAUACGUUGGCUUUUACAGAAAUCAGAUUGAAUCAUGAAUAAGGACACAGAGAUCGAUAUGAAAGAAGUGGAGCUCAAUGAGCUGGACCCUGAGAAGCAGCCCAUGACUGGUGAUGGCCAGGCUGCAGGCGGGGAGAAAAAUGGCAGUGUCAAGCUGAAGGUUCCGGAGGACGAGGUUACAUUCACCGGCCUGUCUAAAGAGGAGCUGAUGAAGGUUGCUGGCACUCCAGGAUGGGUGCGAACCCGUUGGGUGCUCCUGGUCCUGUUCUGGCUGGGCUGGGUAGGCAUGCUGGCUGGAGCCAUAGUGAUCAUAGUCCAGGCCCCUCGCUGCAAACCCAUCCCCACGAUGAACUGGUGGAACGAAGGCCCUCUGUACCAGAUCUCUGACCUUGAAGCUUUCUCUGAGGGAUUGAAAGGUGUUGAGGCAAAGUUGGAUGAAAUCAACAAGUUGAAGGUGAAAGGCCUUGUUCUCGGCCCUCUUCACACCGUUCAGGAAGACCAGCCAAACACCCUUAAUCUGCAACAGAUCAACCCGACCCAGGGAAAUCAGGACGCCCUAGUUGCUGUGCUGGAAAAGGCCCACAAGAAGGGUAUUUCUGUGGUGCUUGACCUGACUCCAAACUACCUGGGAGCCUCUCCCUGGUUUACACCGGGUGAUGUUGGUGAUGUGAUGGAUAAAGUCAAGGCUGCAGCAGAGCACUGGCUGAAUUUGGGUGUUGAUGGCAUCAAGGUAUCCGACCUCACUGUUGCCACCAACUCUCUUGAUUGGUCAAAGCUGCGUGAAGCCGUACAGGGCAACCGCACUGACGACACCAAGAGCAGGGCUCUGAUGGGUGUUGUUGAAGGUGUUUCGUCUGCAGAGGUGUCUCAGCUCAUCAAUACCACAGGUGUAGACUUGGUCCUGUCUGACCUGCUCAGCAGCAAAAAAGAAGGUAAGGGGCGCAUCAUGGCCAUGGACACAUUGCACUCUCAGCAGAGAAGUCUGGGAUGGGGUCUGGGUGCCGCUCAACAGGACCAGCUGUCUAAACAAGCGGCGACUCCUGCUCUGAUUCGUCUCUACCAGCUCCUGCUGUUCACCAUGCCUGGAACCCCAGUGUUUACCUACGGAGAUGAGAUCGGCCUUCAGGCAGUUGGUGCAGAAUCUCCUAAGAUGGUGUGGGACAUAGAGAAGAAACCAGCUGAAGGAGAGGCUGUCAAUGAGACUGCUGAGGCUCAGCGGGAGGAACGCGUCGCUGUGAGGACGUGGUUUAAAUCCCUCAGCGACCUGCGAGGCAAAGAGCGCUCUCUCCUCCACGGCGACUACUAUCCUCUCUCCUCCUCCACUUCCUCCCUCUCUUUCCUGCGUGUGUGGGACCAAAGCGAAAGAUUCAUAACAGCUGUCAACUGGGGAGCAACAGCUGAGACACUUCAAUUCAAACUGGCACCGACAGAAGGACUAGAGUUGCCAGAGAGAGCCAAGGUGAAGCUGUCAACUGAUAAAGACCAAGAGGUAGACUCCAUGGUCGACCUGGACAAAAUCACCCUAGCACCCGGACAAGCGGUGCUGUUGCAGUUCCCCUAUGCAGGCUAAAGAUGGAGCCAAACAAUAGGAAAGCUACCCACAGAUUAGACAUGUUUUUAAAAACGAAAACUAGAAAGUCAGUCCGAAUCCUUAGAAAUACGAUCGCAUAUCCAUAAGAUUCAGGACAUUUCUCUUUGUCUUUUUUUGUUGUAGAAGAAAAACAGAUUCAGACCCCUCAGACUCUCAUCCACUGAGUAUUAAUCCUUUUUUUAUUUUAUUAUUGUUGACUAUCUGUCCAAUUAUGUGAAAAACAUUCCAUUCCUGUUCCUCGGGCAUUUCUUAAGCAGUCCUUUUUGGUGGUUUUUAAUUAUAAAUUUGAAGAAGUUCUGUUUUAGCGACAGUUUUAUUUUCUUUCAUGGAUUUUUUUUUUCUUUUCUAACAACGGCAUUUGUCACACAGGAAAACAGGUUAAUUUGUGUGGUGACUUGGUUUAAGGUCUUUUAAGAGUGCUCGUAAACAAUUGUUUUUGCAAGCUGCAUCAAGUCUGUCAAGUCAACUGAAUUGGAGAUGAAUAAACAGAAAGUUCUGUACCGA